GUCUGUCCGUGUGUGCCUGUGUGCUUGUGUGUGUAUUCGCGCGCGUGCGUCCCGGGCUUCUCCGCUCCCCGGGGCUGCGGUGCAUGUUCGCCUCCUGCCAGUGCGUGCGGAGAGGCAGGAGGGCUAUGAAAAUGAUCCGCUUUCGGAGCUCCAGCAUCAGAUCGCUCAGUCAGGAGAUGAAAUGCACCAUCCGGCUGCUGGACGACUCCGAGAUCUCCUGCCUCAUCCAGAAGGAGACCAAAGGGCAGUUUCUCAUAGAUCACAUCUGCAACUAUUACAGCCUGUUGGAAAAAGACUAUUUUGGCAUUCGCUUUGUUGACCCAGAGAAGCAGCGGCACUGGCUCGACCCUAACAAGUCAAUCUCCAAGCAAAUGAAAUCUCACCCACCUUAUACCAUGUGCUUUAGAGUGAAAUUCUACCCACACGAACCCUUGAAGAUUAAAGAAGAGCUCACCAGGUAUCUUUUGUAUCUGCAGAUUAAGAGAGAUAUUUUCCACGGCCGCCUGCUCUGCUCUUUCUCUGAUGCCGCCUAUCUGGGUGCCUGCAUUGUACAAGCUGAAUUUGGAGACUAUGAUCCUGAUGAACAUCCAGAAAAUUACAUCAGUGAAUUUGAGAUUUUUCCUAAGCAGUCUCAAAAGCUGGAAAGAAAAAUAGUGGAAAUCCAUAAAAAUGAUCUCAGAGGUCAGAACCCAGCGGUGGCUGAAUUUAAUUUACUACUGAAAGCACAUACUUUGGAAACAUAUGGCGUGGAUCCCCACCCCUGUAAGGAUUCAACAGGAACUACAACAUUUUUAGGAUUUACCGCUACAGGCUUUGUGGUAUUCCAGGGAAAUAAAAGGAUGCACUUGUUAAAAUGGUCUGAUGUCUGCAAAUUGAAGUUUGAAGGGAAGACAUUUUAUGUGAUUGGCACACAGAAGGAGGUUGGAUAUCAUCUUUCCUACCACUGUAAAAAGGCCAUGUUGGCUUUCCAUACUUCAACACCAGCUGCCUGCAAACAUCUCUGGAAGUGUGGAGUGGAGAAUCAGGCCUUUUACAAGUGUGUAAAAUCCAGCCAGAUCAAGACGAUGUCGAGCAGCAAAGUCUUUUUUAAAGGCAGUAGAUUUCGCUAUAGUGGUAAAGUUGCCAAAGAAGUGGUGGAGGCAAGCUCCAAAAUCCAGAGGGACCCUCCCGAGGUGCACAGGGCCAGCAUCACCCAGAGUCGGAGCUCGUACUCCUUGAACAAACAGCUCAUCAUUAACAUGGAGCCACUGCAGCCUCUCCUGCCUUGUCCCAGUGAACAGGAAGAGGAAGUGUCCUUGGAGGAGGGUGCCCCCUUGCUGAAGGAGGGUGACAGUCUAGGGCCCAUAAUAUCCAGCUCACCCACCAAGGACCAUGGCAUGUACGAGGACCUCUCAAGAGAUGAGGACUCGAGGAUCAAAGAGGAACCUCUCACCAUCUCGGAACUGGUGUACAAUCCAAGCGCCAGCCUCCUCCCCACCCCGGUAGAUGAUGAUGAGAUCGACAUGCUCUUUGACUGCUCCUCCAGGCUGGAGGUUGAGAGAGAUGAUACUGAUUCCUUCGAGGAACUGGAAGCCGACGAAAAUGCCUUUCUGAUCGCUGAGGAGGAAGAGCUGAAGGAGGCCCGGAGAGCCUUGACCUGGAGUUAUGACAUUCUGGUGGGCAACAUCCAGGUGAACGAGUUUGUCAGGAGUUUCUCCAGGCUCUUGGUGGUGAGCUUGGGGCUCCUGCUCUUCGUGUUCCCACUCCUCCUCCUCCUGCUCGAGUCGGGCAUCGAUCUGUCUUUCCUGUGUGAGAUCCGCCAGACCCCAGAGUUUGAGCAGUUUCACUAUGAAUACUACUGUCCCCUUAAGGAGUGGGUAGCUGGUAAAAUCAGCUUCAUCCUCUACCUGCUGGGCUGCUCAUAGAUGAUUUGAAAGCAUUCACUAAGGGCUCUAUUCAAUACUAGCGAUUUUUUUUUCCAGCAAAUGGCUCACUCUCAUACCACUGAGGGGGCCAUCCACAGGUAGUCCUAUUAGUUUCUGACUGUUCAGACCCCUCAAGUUCACUUUUCACUAUUCGAGCCAUUUAAGUCAAACAUAUUUAUUUUAGUUACCGGCCCCCAAAGUGGCCUUGAAAUAACCCCCAAAAUGGUUUAUUUUUAUCACAUCGUAGACUUACUGCUUAUUGACCGUAACCUUUACAUAGGGCAGAGUCUGUUUCCUUUGUUUCGAUCAUUUCUCGCAUCACCUGCCAGGACAUUCUGCCCCUGAAUUUUAGUAAAACCUGAGGGAAAUGUUUUUGAAUAUAAUCCUUAGUACAACAACAAUCUCUUCUAACCAAUGCCUAUACAAAUCAAGUUUAU